GCCUGCGUCGCCGUGCGUCAUUGCGUCAUCACACACUCAGUGUUUUUGCUUCGUCUCUUUGAAACCGUGGAGAGAAUCUUUCUUUUCUACCUUCAGUUUUUCCUCUCGGAUUGGACUUUUACGCUUCAUCGGAUGCUCGUGUGUUUGUCGCUGCGCGUGUGGAGCGGCUGACGCGAAACGCGCCGAGAGCAGAGAGUUUUUGGAGGCGUUUUAUUGCGCAUGUUCAUGAACCGCCCGAAUGAACGCGGAUCAAUAAAACACUGAGAUCUGAUCAAAACACGCGCAUCAGCAUCAAAAACAGCGAGUGUGCUGAAACCAGAUGCGUUCUGACUGGAGUCGCUGAUCAGAGUGAUCGAUACCUCAUCGAUAUCUGAUCGAUAACAGAGGAGCUCUGAGGAGAUGCGCGCGCACUGAUACACACACAUCUGAUCGAUAACGCAUGCCUGGCGGACUGUCUGGAGGAUGAAAUGGUCACAUUAAGCAGGUGUGCUCUUCCUCCUCCUCCUCCUCUGGCUGGAUGCUUUGAGCCGGUGUGUGAGAUCAGGUGGAUGUGACACACACACACACACACAGUCAUGCAGGCUGCGCCCUUCCAGUAUGAUUUCUACAGCGAGGAGAACGCGCCUAAAUGGAGAGGACUGUUGGUGCCGUCACUCAACAAGGUGCUGAACCAGGUGCACCCGAAGCUGUCGUCCCAGCAGGAGGCGCUUCAGUACAUCGAGGGCCUGAUUCUGGUGCUGCUCAACACACUCUGUCAGGCGCAGCCGCGCACCGUUCAGGACGUCGAGGAGCGUGUGCAGAGGAGUUUCCCGCACCCGAUCGAGAAAUGGGCCAUCGCGGACGCUCAGGCUGCGAUAGAGAAGAGGAAGAGGAGGAACCCUUUAGCCCUGCCGGUGGAUAAGAUCCAUCCGCUCCUGAAGGAGGUUCUGGGGUAUAAAAUCGACCACCAGGUGUCCGUGUACAUCGUGGCGGUGCUGGAGUACAUCUCUGCCGACAUACUGAAGCUGGCGGGGAACUACGUGCGAAACAUCCGCCAUUAUGAGAUCUCGCAGCAGGACAUCACCGUGGCCAUGUGUGCGGAUAAGGUGCUGAUGGACAUGUUCCAUCAGGUGGAGGAGGACAUCAGUGUGUUCCCUCUGAUGGACGAAGAGCCGUCGGCGUCGGAGGAGCAGAUGUACUAUGACCUGGUGAAGGCCUUCAUGGCCGAGGUACGGCAGUAUCUGAGGGACCUCAACCUCAUCAUCAAGGUCUUCCGCGAACCCUUCAACUCCAACAACAUGCUGUUCUCCUCUCACGAUGUGGAGAACAUCUUCAGUCGUAUCGUGGACAUCCAUGAGGUGACGGUGAAGCUGCUCGGGUUAAUCGAGGAUACGGUGGAGAUGACCGAUGAGACGAGCCCUCAUCCGCUGGUCGGCUACUGUUUCGAAGACCUUGCUGAGGAGCUGGCCUUCGACCCCUACGAGACGUACGCACAGGACAUCCUUCGCACCGGCUUCCACGAACACUUCCUCAGUCAGCUUUACAAACCCGGAGCCGCCAUUUACCUGCAGUCGAUCUGCGAAGGGUUCAAAGAAGCGGUACAGUAUGUUUUACCGCGGUUACUCCUGACGCCCGUCUACCACUGCCUUCAUUACUUUGAGAUUUUAAAGCAACUGGAGGAGAAGAGUGAGGAUGAGGAGGAUAAAGAGUGUUUGAAACAGGCCAUCACAGCCUUACUGAACCUGCAGAGCAGCAUGGAGCGCAUCUGUUCCAAGAGCCUCGCCAAGAGACGCCUCAGCGAGUCGGCGUGCCGCUUCUACAGUCAGCAGAUGAAGGGCAAACAUCUAGCCAUCAAGAAGAUGAAUGAGAUCCAGAGGAACAUCGACGGCUGGGAGGGCAAAGACAUCGGCCAGUGCUGUAAUGAGUUCAUCAUGGAGGGGACGCUCACACGGGUGGGCGCCAAACACGAGCGCCACAUCUUCCUGUUCGACGGCCUGAUGAUCUGCUGCAAGUCCAACCACGGCCAGCCUCGUCUACCGGGAGCCAGCGUGGCCGAGUACCGCCUGAAGGAGAAGUUCUUCAUGAGGAAGGUCCAGAUCAACGACAAGGACGAUAAGGAGGGCGAGUACCGGCACGCCUUCGAGAUCAUCCUGAAGGACGGGAACAGCGUGGUGUUUUCCGCCAAAUCUGCGGAGGAGAAGAACGGCUGGAUGGCGGCGCUGAUCUCGCUGCAGUAUCGCUCCACGCUCGAGCGCAUGCUGGACACGGCCAUGUUGCAGGAGGAGAAGGAGGAGCAGAUGAGACUCCCCGGGGCCGAGGUCUACCGCUUCGCACAGCCGGACUCCGAGGAGAACGUCGUGUUCGAGGAGAACGUCCAGUCCAAAUCCGGCAUUCCCAUCAUCAAAGCGGGAACGGUGCUGAAGCUCAUCGAGAGGUUGACCUUCCACAUGUACGCCGAUCCCAAUUUCGUCAGAACGUUUCUCACCACGUACCGGUCGUUCUGUAAACCUCAGGAGCUGCUGGAUCUGCUCAUGGAGAGGUUUGAAAUCCCCGAGCCGAAGCCCACAGAAGCGGAUCAGAUGGCCAUGGAGAACGGAGACCAGCCGCUGAGCGCAGAACUCAAACGCUUCCGCAAAGAGUUCGUUCAACCCGUACAGCUCAGGGUGCUGAAUGUGUGCAGGCACUGGGUCGAGCAUCACUUCUAUGACUUCGAGAGAGACGCUCAGUUGCUACGGCGACUGGAGGAGUUCAUCAACAAGGUCAGAGGUAAAGCCAUGAGGAAGUGGGUGGAGUCGAUCACGAAGAUCAUCCAGAGGAAGAAGCAGGCGCAGGCCAACGGCCCGAGUCACAACAUCACCUUCGAGAGCUCGCCGCCGCCCAUCGAGUGGCACCUGUGUAAGGCGGGACAGACAGACCAGUUCGACCUCAUGACCCUUCACCCCAUCGAGAUCGCCCGGCAGCUCACGCUGCUGGAGUCAGACUUCUACAGGGCGGUGCAGCCGUCAGAACUGGUGGGAAGCGUUUGGACGAGAGAAGACAAAGAGAUCAACUCUCCGAACCUGCUGAGGAUGAUCCGGCACACCACCAACCUCACGCUGUGGUUCGAGAAGUGUAUCGUAGAGACGGAGAACGUUGAGGAGCGCGUGUCCGUCAUCUCGAGGAUCAUCGAGAUCCUGCAAGUGUUUCAGGAGCUCAACAACUUCAACGGCGUCCUGGAGGUGGUGAGCGCCAUGAACUCCUCGCCCGUCUACAGGCUCGACCACACCUUCGAGCAAAUCCCAAGCAGACAGAAGAAGACUCUGGAGGAAGCGCAUGAACUCAGUGAAGAUCACUAUAAGAAAUAUCUGGCUAAACUGCGCUCCAUCAACCCUCCCUGCGUCCCCUUCUUCGGGAUCUAUUUAACAAAUAUCCUAAAAACCGAGGAAGGAAACCCGGACUUCCUGAAGAGACACGGCAAAGAGCUGAUCAACUUCAGCAAACGACGGAAAGUGGCGGAAAUCACCGGAGAAAUCCAGCAGUACCAGAACCAGCCGUACUGCCUACGCGUGGAGAGCGAAAUACGGAAGUUCUUUGAGAACCUGAACCCGAUGGAGGACAUGACGGAGAAGGAGUUCGCCGAUUAUCUGUUCAACAAAUCUCUGGAGAUCGAGCCUCGUAACGCUCGCACUCUGCCUCGAUUCCCGAAGAAGUACAGCUGUCCUCUGAAGUCUCCUGGCGUUCGCCCGUCCACGGUUCGGCCCGGGACGAUGCGCCACCCGACGCCGUUACAGAACGAGCCUCGGAAGAUCAGCUACAGUCGCAUCCCGGACAGCGAGACGGAGAACAGCGCCGCGUCCGCCCCCAACUCUCCCAGAACCCCCCUGACGCCUCCACCCGCCUCCACCUGCAGCUCCACCGACGCCUGCAGUGUGUUCGACUCUCCACAGGCUCCGUCCAGCCCCUUCCACUCCAACAGCGACAGUAUUUUCGCUCCGGUCACUCUUCCGCACGGCCCACGAUCUUCUUCAGUGUCGUCUAUGAUGAGUUUCCUCCGAAACGACGACCCUCCCGUUCCUCCACCGAUCCCUCCCCGACGCCGGCCCGAGUCUGCUCCCGCCGAAUCCUCACCCUCAAAGAUGAUGUCGAAGCACCAGGACAGUGCUCCUGCGAUCCCUCCUCGUCAGCCCACCACUAAAGUGUUCUCGCCCCGUUACUCGCUCUCGGAUCCGCCCGACAGUCCUCCGACGCUUCCUCCGCGCGAGCCGGUGCGCACGCCAGACGCGUUCUCCAGCUCGCCGCUACACCUCCAGCCGCCGCCUCAGGGCCGGCGCUCCGAACUCAACCAGACCUUCUUCCCACCAUCUCCCUUCAUCCCGCAGUCGCCCUCUCCACUGGGACCCCGCAAACACACGCCCUCCUCGCCGCUCGACCUGGAGCCGACGACCCCGGGGUCCGCCGGGCCGCCCGUCCCGCCGCGCCAGAGCACGUCCCAAUCGCCCAUCCCCAAACUCCCUCCGAAAACCUACAAAAGAGAGUCGGUCCAUCGCGACGGGCCGCCGCUCCUCGAGAACGCUAACCCUUCAUAAAGCGACGUCACUCCGAGGACUGAAACAGGAUGAAGCCGCAAACGUGCUCGUCUGAGAAACGAAAACUAAACGAAAACACGUGCUCGGACCGAAGACGCGCUCUUCCGAGACCACGGUUGCGCAAACCAAGCCGAGAUCGUUUUCUCGGGAACUGUGUGUGUGUCGUCUUUUUGUGUGGCUUUUGUUUUGUCACGUUCGUUUCCAUUUCAUCGCCUGCAGCGAUCGUUGGCCAAUCCCAGAACUCCCUGCUUGGACCUGCGGAAGAGCGACCCUUCACGGAGCGAAAUUCAUCUGAGGACUGAGAAACGAAUCCGAGAACUAAACGAAAACAGACGCGCGCUUCCGGGACGACGAUUGUGCUGAUCGAGCCGAGAUCGUUUUUCUCGUGAACUGUGUUGUUCUUUUUGUGUAGCUUUUGUUUUGGCACGUUCGGCAGAGCGAAGUUAAUCUGAGGACUGAAACGAAAGCAGAUGUGCUCUUCCGAGACCACGAUUGUGCAAAUCAAGCCGAGAACGUUUUCUCGUCUUUUUGUGUAGCUUUUGUUUUGUCACGUUCGUUUCCAUUUCACCGCCUGGUUUGUUUUCGGCAGCGAUCGUUGGCCAAGCUCAGACUGAGAAACAGACAAACCUGCUGGACGACAGACGACCAAACAGACCCGUUCACGCCAUUAUUUUCCGGUGCCUGUGAGUGUGUGUGUGUGUGUGUGUGUGUGUGGACGGAGAGUGUAAAGGGACUGCAGAUGUUUAAGGUACCCUCGCACACCAAAGAGGUACUCGAGAAAACCUUCAAGAAACACACGUGAUUGUCCUUGUAUGUGUUAGAACUUUUAUUUUCUCAAUCAUUUCUGUUUUUGCCAAUAAAUAUGUAAAGAAAAAAAAACGAUCGCCGCCUUAAAACAAGGGAAUAAAAGUGUUUCUACCACUGUAUGCCAAACGCUA